ACACUUGUAUUCUGCUGGAAAGACUUGACUCUUAUGGUUCUAAAACGCCACCCCAGUCAGGCUCAGUUGAAAAUUCCUAACCCGCCGGGCACGGAUGACGGUCAAAUGCCUGUGGGUUCCCAGGGGAGAGAUGUUGAAGCUUCGAAUUGAUCGGCGCAUGAGUUGAAGACCUGACAAAAUCGACGAUUUCAAAAUGGGGCUAUGUAUUUCAGUGAAACGAAAAGAUUAUGAAGACAUUGUACGCUACGAUGGUGGGACUUUGCUUUGUUUCAAACACGGAGAAGGAACAAAUCUUUACGAAAAUGGCGAUAUAUACAAAGGGCAAUGGAAAUUGAAUCAAAUGCACGGUCAUGGAGUUUAUACACACGCUAACGGAGGAGUAAAACAAGGAUAUUUUUAUCAAAAUGAGUACAUCGGAAGAGAUCCUGGAAAUUUAUUUGCUGCUACAACAUGUUGCACUGGGUCAUGUUUUGGAGGUGCUCAAUCAGAACCUAUUGCAAGUGAUGAGGAGAUAAGAAAACAAGCGAUGAAAGAAAAAGCUGAACAAAAGGCUAAAGAAAGAGAGGCACGGCAACGUCGAAGGGACGAAAUACGACAGAAGUAUUCAACAUAAUUCAGAUCUAUCUGAACGUCCAUACAAGAGAUAUGAACAUUCCUCUCCAGAUAGCCAUAGGGUGUGUAAAAUACAGGAUGACCUUUUGUUCUGGAAAAUCUGCGUGAGUGCGAACGAUGCAGAAUAGGGCGUCACGCAAGUAAAUCACGCGAGAAAACGCGUAUGUUCCUGGCACCCUCUGUUGAAAGAGACAUAGCAUAUUUAAGGAGAGAUGUAGGUGAAGGAUAAAAGUUGGAGCCAAAGCUCUAUUGCGUACAUCGCCUGUAUAAACAGAAAUUCAAUUAGAUCACGUUUUUAUUGAUUAUAAUUCCUGGCUGAAUUCGUUGACUCAUUCGCGUAGAAAUUUGGCCCAUUUCUCACCUCAGUGUGCGAACCAGAAAUGUUUGAGCGUGCUAGUGUUUUUUAUAAUAAAGUUCGGAUAUAACGCGUGCUGUCAUUGGUUGAAAGAGCGUGCUCUAUGAGAGUAUAGAGCAUAGAGCUGAGCUAAAGCUGUCACGCCAUCUGUCAAAUUGUACUAUGUUCGAUCUUUUCCGGGACUUCUUUUUAGCUUCAUUUGAUUAUACAAUUGUAUCUCGCGCACUUUUAGGAUUCUUUGUCAAUUGAUUAUUACGCUUGUAUCUCUCGCACUUUUAGGAUUAUUUUUCAUUUGAUUAUUACGUUUGUAUCUUGCGCACUUUUUAGGAUUCUCUUUCAGCUGAUUAUUACGUUUGUAUCUC